AUGCCUAGACCAAUACAUAGACCGAUGCGUAGACGACCCACCAGACCGGUACCGGCACCGAGACCAAAUAGAUCAAUACCGAUGCCUAGACCCAUACCAGCACCGAUUAGACAAGUACCGGCACAGCUUGAGGUUGAUGAUGAGGACGACGCGGACGAUGACAUUGAUGAAGAUGAUAGAUCACCGGUACCCGUGUCGAGACCCACCAGACCGGUACCGGCACCGAGACCAAAUAGAUCAAUACUGAUACCUAGACCAAUACCAGCACCGAGACCAAAUAGACCCAUACCGAUGCUUAGACCCAUACCGGCACAGGACAUAGAGUUGUUUGAAGAGCAAGAAAUGGCUAAAACUAGACCUAUUGUAAAAAGCAAGUUGAUUGAAUGGAGAGACUGGUUAAUAAAUCAUGUACCUAGGGCCAUUAAGGAGAAAGCGAGCAAAGCUUUCAAAACCAUGAAGGAUAAGAUCAUGGGUUUUUAUAAAAAGGGCAGUAGAGAUGAAGAGGUGAAAGAGGAGGAAGAGUUGAAGGUGGAAAACCCCUAUAACCCCAUUGAGGAAGCUUUUGUAGGUUCAUACAAACGCUUCAAGGUAAACUCGGAUGGUAAGAAGAAGAAUGUCAAGGUUUUACUAAAACAGAUUCAACCUAUCAUUAAGAGGCUAAUGAGGGACGUGCUAGGUCAAAAGAAGUCGCUGAAGACUCAGGCGACCUUGUGGGUGAAAUGGGUAAAGGAGGACACCAGCGAGGCUGGUGUCACGCGCGUAUAUGUCGACAAAGCUUUCAAUAGCUAUAUGGAGAUACUACAUGCCCAUGGCGACAUUUCUGAUGUUUUUGAUCGUAUGUGUAAUAAGAUAAUUGAGCAGAUUGAAAACCCUGCUCUACCCGCCAGCGGAUUCACAAUCGAAAGGAUCCUACAUAUGCAUGUGGACUUUCACAAACUAAAAUUAACCAGAGGUAGUUCUUACUUACCGCUACCAAAGAAUUUCAGUGGUAAGUUCUCCGUGAUCAAUCCUAAAAAUGAAGAUGAAGAAUGCUUCAAAUGGGCUGUUUUAGCUGCUCUCAAUCAUGGUAAGAUCAAUAAUAACCCUGAACGAAUCUCAAUCCUUAGGAAGUAUGAAGACAAGUGCAAUUGGGAUGGUAUAACUUUCCCUAUGGCACUAAACAAGAUAGAUUUGUUUGAGAGAAGGAACCCUGAUAUCGCUGUUCAUGUUUUGACAAAGGAUGACAUAGAGGGUAUCUACAUGUGUCGCAAGUCGAAGCAUCUGGAUCGUAAGGAGACAGUUGUUUUGUUUUUACUGUGUGAUGGGGAUAAGAGACAUUAUAUCGCUGUUAAGAACUUGAGUGGUGUCCUGAGCAAGGGCAACUCAAAGCAUGAACAUAAAGAGCAUUAUUGCUUGAAUUGUCUCUCUGGUUUUCCAAGCGAACAGAAAAGGUAUGAGCACUUUGAGUAUUGCAAGGAUAAUGAUGCUGCUAAGGUUCAACUCCCUAAAGAGGGUAGCACCUUAACCUUCACCCACGGUCAGUACCAGCUCAAAGCCCCAUUCAUCAUGUAUGCCGAUUUCGAAGCUUUUACAAAACCUGAAGAGAUAGAGUGUGGAUCGUCCACCGAGAAAGUUGGUAAACAUAUCCCCACCGGAUUCUGUUGUUAUAGUAAAUAUGCUCAUGGUGAAGUUUUGGACCCUCUGAAGCUUUACCGUGGUGAUGACUGUGUUCCACGAUUUGUUGAUCAUGUGGUUUCCGAGGCGAAAAGGUUAUACAACAUGUUUCCACAACUUGGUAUGCAAGAUCUAACCGAUGAAGAACUUGAUGGAUAUGAAAAUUCCACCAACUGCCACAUCUGUAUGAGAGAAUUUGGUGAUGAUGACAUCAAGGUUAGGGAUCACUGUCAUUUUACCGGCAAGUUUCGUGGAUCGGCACACAUGGAAUGUAAUCUCCGUUACAAGGUGCCUAAUUAUAUUCCGGUUGUCUUCCAUAAUCUGAGCGGAUAUGAUGCGCAUCUAUUUAUCAAAGAGCUUGCGAAGAAGUAUGGAGAAGGUGGUAUGAGUGUAAUCGCUGAAAAUAAAGAGAAAUAUAUCUCUUUCUCGACCGAUGUUAAGGUUGAUGAAUACACCGACAAAAAUGGUGAGACUAAGGACAAAAAGAUAAAGCUGAGAUUCAUCGAUUCAUUUAGAUUUAUGUCAAGAGGAUUAGGUUCCUUAGCUGACAAUCUAUCCGAUGAUCAGUGUAAAAACCUUAGAAAAUUCUUCAAUGAUGAGCAAUUCAACAUAAUGAGAAGGAAGGGUGUAUACCCAUAUGAGUAUGUUGAUUCAUUCGAUAGGUUUAAUGAAACCAGGCAUCCUUUGAAAGAUGACUUUUAUAGCAAGUUGAACAUGGAUGGUAUCAGCGAUGCCGAUUAUGCGCAUGCCCAGAAGGUGUGGAAGGACAUGAAAGUUGAAAAUAUGGGCGUUUAUCAUGAUAUCUAUCUCAAGACGGAUGUUCUGCUUCUGAGUGAUGUGUUUGAGACAUUCAGAGAGACAUGUUUGAGAAACUAUAAACUAGAUCCAGCCCAUUUUUACACGGCCCCCGGAUUAGCUUGGCAGGCAUGCCUGAAAAAGACAGAUGUUAAGCUGGAUUUGUUGUCUGAUAUGGAUAUGUUACUGUUUGUGGAGAUGGGUAUUAGGGGCGGUCUCUGUCAGGCCGUUCACAGACACGCGAAGGCAAAUAAUCCAUAUAUGGGCGAUAUGUAUAAUACUUCAGAAGAUACAACCUAUCUACAGUAUCUUGAUGCUAACAAUCUGUAUGGAUGGGCCAUGAUACAGAAGAUGCCCACCGGGGGGUUUGAGUGGGAUGAUUCCGGUAAAUUUACACCCGAACUCAUUUCAGAGUUGGCUGUGGAAAACGGUGAAAAGGGGUACAUGCUUGAGGUUGAUGUUAGAUAUCUACAUGAUCUUCAUGACGCACAUAACGAUCUUCCUUUCAUGCCUGAGAGGAAGGUUAUCAAUGGUGUCGAGAAGCUGACACCGUGUCUUUCAGACAAGAGGAGCUAUGUGAUUCAUAUCCGUGCGCUUGCUCAAGCUUUGAAUCACGGUCUUGUUCUGGAUAAGGUUCAUAGGGUACUGAGGUUUGAUCAGAGCGCAUGGUUGAAACCUUACAUCGACUUCAAUACACAGCUGCGCACGGAGUCAAAGAAUGACUUUGAAAAGGAUUUCUUCAAGCUGUUGAACAAUUCUGUCUUUGGUAAGACAAUGGAGAAUCAGCGAAGACAGAAGGAUAUACGUUUGGCCACCAAUCAAAAGAAUUAUGAGAAAAUGGUGAUGAAGCCAAACUUCAGGGGUGCAAUCCAUUUCUCGGAAACACUGAUGGGGAUAGAGAUGUCCAAGAUCAAGAUCAAAAUGAACAAACCGAUCUAUCUCGGCCCCACAAUCCUCCAUCUAUCCAAGAUGGUUAUGUAUGAGUUCCACCAUGAUUACAUGAGACCGAAAUAUGGUGAUGAUGUGAAGCUUUGCUACAUGGAUACGGAUUCAUUCGUUUACCACAUAAAAACAGACGUCUUCUACAAAGAUAUCCCGAAUGAUGUGUCUGCGAGAUUUGACACAUCUGGGUAUGAUAAGGAAGAUGGUAGGCCCCCAACAUUAGGUUUGAAUAAAAAGAUCAUUGGGCUGAUGAAGGAUGAGUUGGGUGGUAAGGUGAUGACUGAGUUCAUCGCCCUAAGAGCUAAGACCUACGCAUACAAACAGCUAUGUGGUAGGGAGGGUAAGAGAUGUAAGGGGGUGAAGAAAUGUGUGGUGAGGGAGACCAUAGGUUUCGCUGAUUAUAAGAGAUGUCUGUUUGAGGGUGAGAACAUUUACAGAACCCAAAUGACAUUUCGAUCUAUUAAGCAUGAUGUUCACACAAUAAAAACAAAUAAACUGGCGCUCAAUGCCGAUGAUGAUAAACGCAUAAUUUUGGAAGAUGGUAUUACCACACUGGCAAGAGGACAUUAUAGACACACAUAUCACUAUAAAUUAGAGGGCACGACAGAUGAGGGUGGGGAGGGGCCUGGAAGACACGACAGGGGAGGGGGUUUUGGACAGAUAUUAUAGAGCAUGCCCGCUUAUUUAACGUAAAGUGGUAAAGUGCACAUGGAUUUAUUGACUCCUCUAUCAUUGAUUUGACGUGGAUGAUCCAUAAUUUGACGUGGAAUGGUACAACAUAUUAAAUCGCUAAGGGCUGGUAUGGACCUUUUUUACGUUGAUUUGACGGAUAUGCACGCUUAUUUGACAUGAUUGCACUAGCAUCGGCAUUUUCCUAUCUCUACUUUACUAAAAUAUCAAAAUUGAAUUCUGUAAGAAUGUGAUUUCACAUAUUUUUAAGCCUUAAUAAGUCUUUGUCCAAAUAUUCCUUCCUUAAGUAGACAAUAAAAUACUGAAACAUAAAAAUUGAAUAUGAUUUAAAUAUCAUUUCACAUAUCCAUUAAUGUUGAUAAGUCUUAUAUGAAAAAACACCAUCCUUAAGUAGACAGAAGAAAAUUUAAAUAUCAAAAUUGAAUUUGGUUAUAAUGUCAUUUCACAUGUUCUUAAAUGUCUAUAAGUCUUAUAUGCGAAAAUACCAUCCUGAAGUAGACAGAACAAAAUAUAAAUAAUAAAAUUGAAAUUGGUAGAAACUUCAUUUUAAACAAUCUUAAAGUUGAUAUCAGUUUUAUAUGCAAAAAUACCUUCCUUAACUAGACAUCCUUAGUACACAAUACAGAAAUUAAGUGUUAAAUUUGAACUUGGCUAAAAUAUCAUUUCACAUAUCCUUAAUAGUUGAUAAUUCGUAUGUGCAAAAAUUCCCUCCUUAAUUAGACAAUACAAUAUUGAAAAAGAAAAAUUAAAUUUGGUUAAAAUAUCAUUUCACAUAUUCUUAAAUGUUGAUAAGUCUUAUGGGCGAAAGUACCAUCCUUUAGUAGACAGUAAAAAAAAAAUAUUAAAUAUGAAUUCAUUUAAAUUU